AUGGUGGUGGUUCUACUUCUACUCCCCAAAAUUCAUGGUGGCUGCUCUCCUUCUUCCUGUGGCAACAUCACCAACAUAACUUAUCCCUUUCGAUUACAAGGCGACCCAGAGAAUUGUGGUGACGAAAGGUACGAGCUUGGUUGUGAGAAUAAUGUUACUGUGUUGUAUCUGAACUCUACACAAUACCAUAUUCAAGCAAUCAACUACGACAACUACACCGUGAGAGUGGUUGAUCCUGCACUUCAACACCACAACUGCUCCUCCCUUCCUCUUCGUUCUCUCUCUCGCUCCAAUUUCUCUGAUACUUACACUUUCUCCACGGAUCCAUAUCAAGCCGGUCUAGAUCCGAAUCUUAAUAGGGAAUCUCUGAGUUUCGAGCAUAUAGUGUUUCUGAACUGUAACCAUUCAGCGAAAGAGAAUGAGAAGUAUGUGGAGAGUGGUGAGUGCGUGAAGUGGGACUCAAAGGGCUAUGCAUAUGCAGUGGGUGGAGACCUAAAAGCUGAGGACUUAGAAGUUGGGUGUGACGUGAAGCUUGUUGCUCCCACAUCGUUCAGGACUUUCAAUAACCAUUCAUACGAUGCCAUUCACAGGGCUCUCGCCUAUGGAUUUGAGAUCUCUUGGGUAAACCUCACCUGUCAGAAUCAUUGUACUGAAGAUUCUGUUCGUGAAUGA